AUGAAUUUUGUAUUUGUUAGGGAAAUACAAUCUAAAAACUUCAAUAACAAAUAUUAAUAAAAUAUAAAUUCUCAAUAAAAUACAAUUUAGGAAGAUCAAACAAAUUUAUAAUACUAAUAAAAUUAAAUUGUUGAAAUUUAACGAGAAUCUAUAGAUAUUAAAAAUUUAGAAUUCAAGAAAAAAUCAUCUAAACAAUAAUAAUAAGGUGAAUACAAAGGGUUUGAUUUCUCUGAUGAUGAAGAUGAUAAUAUUAUGCAUAAUUAAUCAAAUGAGGAUGAGGAUGAUUAAUCUGAAAAAUUACCCUAACAACAUAUUGAAUUAUAACAAACUAAAAUAAGAGCUCCUUUAUCAAAUUAAAAUGUUUAAUUAUAACAAUAAUUAUUAAAUGAUGAAGGAUUUUUAAGUUGGAGACAAUCAAAUGGUUAAAAUUAAAGAAUAUAAUCAGCCAAUUCUUAAUCAAAUAACAUUUUUGAGUAAUUUGAUCUAAAUUAAAUUAAGAAAUAGAUACUCAUUGAUAAUCCUAAAUAAUCUAACACAUUCUAAAUUUUUGAUUAUUUUACUAAACAUGGCAAAAGUAUAUAUUUGUAUUCUAAAUUAUUGGAUGUUUCUGAGUGGAUGAUUAAUCAUAAUUAAUUAUAAUUAGAAACACUUAUAGGAACAGGAAGUAGUUGUACUGUUUAUAAAGGUUAUUGGAGAGGAGGAGAAGUUGCUAUUAAAACAAUGAAAAUUCAAUAAUUAAAUGAAAACCACAUAAAAGAAUUCAGAAGAGAAAUCUCAGCUUUAGUGACUAUAAAAAGACAUCAAAAUUUAGUAUAGCUUUUGAGAAUAUCAUAAAAAGCAGAUGAAUUAUUUAUUGUAAUUCUGUGAC